AAAAAUAUAAACAAAUCAUUUUCCACGGGUUUUUCCCAUUAUUUUAUCGCAAAUUAUAUCGGAAAAUUAUCAAAACCGAGUCAAAAUUCGAUUUUUGGAUGAGUUCUCGUGCCGUACAAGAAUUCUCGGAUAAAAUUUUCGUGUUUGUGUUGCGACAAAUUUUCGACGUAAUAUAAGUGAAAAGUGGUAAAUUACGCAUCAAAAGUCCGUCAUUCGUGUUAGAAUGUAAAUAAAAGAGCGACUUGAGGCACGAUUGUCUCUAAAUUCACACAAAGAAGACGAAUGAGAGACGAACCAAGAUGGUUGUGAUAAAUCCGGAAAAGUACGAGCCCCAUUUGGGUGACAUGAGCAUGCAAGAAGGCCUGCAAAAAUUACAUGACGAGAUACUGGAAGUGCUGCAGGAGUAUGAGACGCGAGCGGAAAAUGAACGGUUCCUCGAUAAAUUGCGUGAUUUUUACAAGUACAGCGGUUUGCUACAUUGGACUGCCGUUAUUGGAUCCUUUUUGUGUGUCAUUUUACUUUUCCUGGCGACGGAUUACGUAGCUUGCGUGGCGUUACUUUGCGUGCUCGUACCGACAAUUUACUUCCAAUUCCGCGAAAAUUUUCUCAAAAAGACGGAAUUAUAUCGAAAAAUACGAACGGUAUUGGAAGAACUGCGAAUUGCCGUCGAACUGUCGAGCAGUUGGACAAAGGAGAAUUUUCCGCAUAUUUAUAGUCCGUUGUCGCCUUGCGUGUCGCUCCAAUGGUGUUAUCGGGAUGGUCGAGUACUGAAUUUGCCGUGGGCGCUUCUUGUGCAGGGAGAUUACAUUGUGCUUCGGCCGGGACAAACAGCGCCCGAAGACUGCAACGAGCUUAAUGGACGACAUAAAUUUCUCGCGGGAGAAACAUAUCGACUUCAAACGCAAAAUGAGCCGCCCAGUAAGCCAACAGCUCGUGUUCCGUUGGGGGAUUUGAUAUUAGUGCUCUCAAAGACGCCGUUUAUCGAAAACUUAAAAACUGCCUUGGACUCCAAUACUCGCCCACCGACCAUUUUCGAUCAGCAACGGGAUCUUUUGAUCACGCGCUCCAUCCAACAAUGGGGCUUCAUCUCAAUCUUAGUGCUCACAUAUUUAACGGGUUUUCUCCGCUACUUUGGCGUCUAUUUACAAGGCAAGACGAUGUUCAAUUGGAGAGAAGUUUUAAUAUUAAAUCCCGUUUCCGUUGCCUUGCCCCUUCUUCCCUUAAUUAUGCCCAUUGUGUGGGUUGCUGUCUCACUUUGGGGCUGUGCUCGUCUUCAAACACUUCUUUCGAUCGCGCCUUUGCUACAAUCUGACGACCAAAAGUCAUUUCAAGAGGAUCUCGAGUCACCUUCUGACCUCGAAUGCGAUCACAUUGUCUUGCCGCGACGCGAUGUCUUCUAUCACUGGUUGAAAUUAUUGCAAGGAGACAGCGCAAUCUUAGGUCGAAGUACAAAUGUUGUGCAUGUGCUGGGAACUGUAACGGCACUUUGUUGCGUCGAUAAAAAAGGAAUUUUAAGUUGGCCCAAUCCAACAGCGGAGAAAGUUUUUUUCCUACGAGACCCAGCGGACGAUCAACGCUCAGAUGGAAGCAGUAGUUCAAGUCUCAGCUCCGAAGAAGACAUCGACAAAGGCAAUCCACAAACAGAUGGACCAAUUACGGAAGUUCUUGACCUCACGCAUGACCAACAUUCGCCAUUCAAGUUGGAAUUUGACGAUCACGAAUGGAAAAAUCAUAUCAAUUCUCUCAAGCCGUUAGGUCUCGCUAUCCUCGUAAACACCUGUUGCCCGUUGACACAAAAGCACUACGCGAGUUUUUGUGGACACAUUUCUGCUCAAUUUGAUAAAAAUCUGGUUCCCGUUACAAAUAGGUACUCAUUUGUCGAAUCGAGAAUAAUUAGCUUUUCGUUUGGACGAUGUCUGUGUGAGCUUGCCCGUCAAAUUGGGUUUUCUACUCAAGCAAGGAGUAUUUUUCAACUUUCCGGACAAAUUUCCAGUUAUCGCCAUUUGCAACCGGAAAUCAUCCGACGUGACAUGCGUUUGGCCAAAUCCCUGCACAUCACAAAAGUAAAAGUUCCGUUUCCGCAUUCGAUGUCUGUGGUUGUCAAAGAAACGCCUUCUGGCUCCUUGCAACUUCUUACUCAGGGAACAGCUGAUCUCGUUUUGGACUAUUGCGACGAUUAUUGGAACGGAAAAGAUUUGAAGCCGCUCUCACGCGAAGACAGAAAACGUGCGAUUGAUUUUUAUCAGAGAAAUGCUUUGACAGCAUAUUGCACGGCAUUCGCUUAUCGUCCACUGCGACACGGAAUUUACGGAUGUCUUUCGGGCGAAAAUGAACAAAAUGUCGCAUAUUUGGAACUUCCGCCGGAAUCGCGUUACAAGAUGCCUCACGUCAUUAAGAGUCAGUGCGACUUGGAUGAACACAUGCCAAAUUUGGUACAUUCGUUAAGCACGGAUUCGCUUCUUUUUUCGGAAGCCAAAGAGGAUGACAUCGAAGAUGAGGACAGUUGUUUCGAAAUGCAAUGCCAUCAGGUGUUUAUUGGCAUGGUAACGAUGCAAUAUCAAGCGCAACUCGACAUUGUUCAACUUAUUGAGCGACUUGAUAGGGCUUGUAUCCGUUUCGUGCAUUUCAGCAAAGAGAACGAAUUGCGUUCGCGAGUCUUUUCGGAGAAAAUGGGACUCGAAUCUGGCUGGAAUUGUCACAUUUCUUUGCUAUCCGAUGAUAAAAGUAGCGUUUCCUCCCCGAAAAAUUCGUUAAAUUUCGAUUUUUUGCAAGAACCAACGGAAAAUCAUCGACUUUUGGGCUCAAAUCCGUUGGAAACCAGCAAAAAUCUGAGUUCGUCGGCGCCUUGUGCCAUCAGUUCGGGUCAACAACAACAACAAUCAAUGUCAACGCACCCUUCGAGAGAUAGUCUCGCGAUGGAUCAUGGUCCCAGUCAUCGAGCUUCGAAAGAUUCCGCAAUGGAAGAACAUCGUUCGCUCAGUUGUUUGAGUGAAAUUACCGAACAAAGUGCUCCCAUCAACUUUGACAUGUCAAAUCGCGCCAAAUUACCGCGCGGCAUCGAAAAUAUUCGUCCUCAUCUGGAAAAUGUCGAUAAUGUGCCGUUACUUGUGUCACUUUUCACGGAUUGCUCGGCGGAGGCAAGUCGCGAAAUGAUCAACAUCAUGCAACAAUACGGCGAAAUUGUCGUCUGUUUGGGCUCAAGUGCAAGUAACGCCAAUUGUGAGAUUUUUAUCAAGUCCGAUUGCAGUAUUGCCAUCGAACCGUUGUACCCGCAGGUGUGUCAGGACUAUCCGGCGUACACAGAAUCCAAUAUUUACAACAACAAAAAGCGAUUGGUGCAGAAGAAACGGUCGAAAUUCUUCAGUGAGGUGAUGGAAAAGCCCGUUACGGUCUCGCCGAUUUACUUGAGUCGCGUUCUCAACUCGAUUCCGUGCAGCAUUUCCAUGUUGAGAGACGAUCCGUUGUCGAUUGUGACUUUGGUGGAGCUUUCACGUCGUUUUUCGAUUGGUUUCUGGAAUUGUAUUCAGUUCUGGGCUAGUUGUGCGUGCUCGUUUACUCUUUUGAAUACAAUCAUUACUUGCCUUACACUUCCACCGAUUCUCACGCCGAUCAUUAUUUUGUAUUUAAUGUGUUUUGCGGUGCCAAUGAUGGCUGUUUCGCUCGUGAGAGUCGAACCAGAUCCCGUGAUUCUCAAUAGAGCAACCGGCAAAAAGCAAACAUCGCUCAAUUCUAAUUUAUUUAUGUUCGUGUUGUGGUGUUAUGGAUGCAAAUUCUUGCCUUUAAUAGUAACUAUGAUUCUAGCGUAUUGUUCCUUCCUAUCCCAUCCAGUGAUCGUCAUCAACAAUGAAGAUGAAAAUUUCGAAAAAGAUCUCCAUCUGGCACGGCAUUUUGUCUUAUUCGGCAUAAUCUUGCAUCUGAUAAUCAUUUCGUCCACAUUUGUUCAUCGUGAUUACUCAAUUUGGGAGAAAAAUCCCUUCAGAAAUCUUUGUUGGUUGAGUAGUUCAGCUCUUUUAUUUGCCAUUCACGUCGUCGUUAUAUCCUACCAAUUUAUCUUCAAUGACUACAUUUUGAGUGAAUUUGAACGCAUUUGGCCCAUUUGCCUAUUUCUCAUCAUUUCCAUUAUAAUUACGUAUGCAAUUGCGGAGUUCAUUAAAUGGGAGGAGAUAAAAGUAAAUGUUCGAUACCAAAGACGAGCCCGAUUGGAUUUUGGCACGAAAUUAGGCAUGAACUCACCUUUUUAGACGAUAAUUUAUCAAAAAAAGACUACAUUUAUCAUCAGUCAAUUAGUUUACGGCAACAUAGAAGUAUACAAAAAAAAUAUUAUAUUAUAUUAUUAUCAUGUGAGAAGCAAUAUCGUUAAAUAUUUGAAAAAAAAUGUAAGAAUCACUUUUUACAUGAGAUUUCCUAUGAA